GCUGAUGCUGGCGGCCCGCUGCGACCCAGGCCUGGGUCAGUGAGGAGCCCUCGGUCCCGCUCGGCCGCUGCCGCUUUUCUCACUCGCUGCGCUAGUUUGGAACCGGCCGGUGUGCGAGUCGAGGCCCAGGCUGGGUGCGAGCUUCUACUCUGCGCCCCGCUGGCUGAGGUGAAGGACAGCCCUUUGACCACCGAGCCACAAGGAUUAAAGGACAGAAAAGGUUUUCUAUCAGAGAUGUUCCACUGUAAUAAUGCUGGAGUUAAAAAGUCUUUGUUCCUUUGCUGCAUAUCAGAGCAAUUUCUCUGCAUACAGAACUGGAGUAAUGUUUACAAACAGCUGGCAAAUUGAAGACUGCAGUGGCCUAACCUCUGUGCUGAAGUAGCAUUAAUUGGACUGCAAGUACCAGUUUGGGGUAACCCAAGUCUGUUCCUGGAACCAUGAAAGUUCUGUUGGUGUUUGACUUUGACAAUACAAUCAUAGACGACAACAGUGACACCUGGAUUGUACAGUGUGCUCCAGACAAAAAGCUUCCCAUUGAGCUACAAGAUUCUUAUCAAAAGGGGCUUUGGACAGAAUUUAUGGGCAGAGUCUUUAAAUAUUUGAGAGAUGAGGGGGUAAAAGCAGAUGAACUGAAGAGGGCAGUGACUUCACUGCCCUUCACCUCAGGGAUGAUAGAACUUCUCAGCUUCCUGAGGAUGAAUAAGGACAGAUUUGACUGCAUCAUCAUUUCGGAUUCAAAUUCCAUCUUCAUAGACUGGGUUCUAGAAGCUGCUGCCUUUCACGAUGUCUUUGAUCACGUGUUUACCAAUCCAGCAUCCUUUGAUAGCAGUGGUCGUCUCACAGUGAAAAAUUACCAUGCUCAUUCUUGCACUAGGUGCCCAAAGAAUCUUUGCAAAAAUACAGUUUUGGGAGAAUUUAUAGAUAAACAGUUACAAAAGGGCGUGAGAUAUACACGGAUUGUUUAUAUAGGUGAUGGUGGAAAUGAUGUCUGCCCAGUAACUUUUUUAAAGAAAAAUGAUGUUGCCAUGCCACGGGAAGGAUAUACUUUACAUAGAACUCUUGCCAAAAUGUCUCAAAAUCUUGAGCCUAUGGAAUCUUCUAUUGUAGUUUGGUCUUCAGGUGUUGAAAUAAUUUCUCAUUUACAAUUUCUAAUAAAGAUGUGAUAUGCCAACAAUUGAAAGGUGUAUUAGUUGAGGUUGGGCUCGGCAACAUAAAACUAAAUUCCCAAUAUUAGAACCUUUAAAAAUGUGAGAGGUUUUCCUCUUUAAAGAAUUCUGGUGGUAUGUCAAGGCCACUUCGUUGCUCAGCCAAUCUCAGCUUCUGCUUCUAACCCCGUGAUUUGAAAUUGAUAUCUAAAGCUCAAGUCCUCACAACAGACAUUGUGACCAGCAAGAAUCAGGGCCAUAGGAUUUUUACCCUUUGUUCAGGAAUGUUUUCCAAUUGUACCAAACAGUUCUGUUUGAAUACCACUAGCCAAAACCUGGUCAGAGCCUUCCCUAACUGCACAGAUGGGAAAUGCAGCUUUCAUUCCAGGUAGUCCUGUGCCCAGGAAAAAGAGGAAAAACAAAAUACAUAAUUGAGGUAUGUGGAGCUCAUAGUCUAUACUAAGGAUGGUUAAUAGAUUGUUUUGUUUUUAUUUCUGAAGAAAGUGGCUUUAUUUUACUUUUUAUGAAAUAGUUACAAAUGUUGAAAGUAGCUCAUGAGCUCUCUUCCCCUGAUGUCAAGUCAUGAAGAGACCCAAGUGUGUUCAAGAUUCAGCUUCACCCACAACCCGCUAGGACUGAGGAAGGCAUUAUUGCUGGAGGUGUAAUGGAUCUUACUGCCUAACAGGAGCACUGAAGACUGCCUUCAUCCAAGAGGGCCCAGCAUGGGGAUAUACGCCUUGGAUCAUCGCUGCCAAAGCCUUAGGCAAGUGCAUGCUUGAACCCUAUUGUGAUGAGCGUCAAGUUGGUGGAGAAGCUUUGUGCUGAGCCUGAAGAUCAAACUAAUCAGGCAUCUGUGAAAAAAAGAGAGAAAACCCUAGAGACUUGGUUGUGGUGUGUUAAGGAUGCCAACUGAAGACUACUUCAAAUGCAAGAAAUAAAACUGGCUUUAUUUUCUCAAC